AUGGAGGACGCAUGUCUAUUCCAGCCGCAGAUCAACCCACGCAGUAGGCGCCUUGCCCGGCAUGCACCGACGCUCCGCGAGCGCCAGGAACAAGAUGCCCAGCGGCGGUCUGCUGGUCGUGAGGACCACCGCGGGCAGCCGCAGCGAGGGACACCGACGCCCAGCCCCGGGACAGAAGCUUUCGCUGCGGACACUGAGAGCGACACUGUAGAGGCCGUGUGGAGUCUCUGGCGCGGCGUGGCGAUCAGGGAGGCGCGCGAGACCGAAGCUGCCUUGGUGCGCCGCGUGCAUUCUGUUAACGACGACGGCUCGCUCCCACAGCGUCGGCCGCGCGUGGUGUACGUGACGGCGGUGCUUGGGAUGCUAAACGCACUCGGUAUCACCUCACCCCGGUACGAUGCCCUGAUCGCCAAGUUUCUCAAGGCAAUGACAGUCGAAGGAGGCGCCUCGGAAGCCACCAAGCGCGACGAAACGGUUGACGCGGCGCGGUUUAUGUACGUCUUCUCGACAGUCUGGCGGGCGGCCGUCACACACAACACGCCGCGUUCGCCAUCUGCGGCACAGCAGUGCGGCAACUCCCCCAACGGAGCAACAAUGCGCCAUACCUACGCUAAGAAAGUCCCACGCCGAGGGGCACCACCGUCACGCAUGAAGGCGGCGCCAGCGGCAGAGGUGGGCAGCAGCGGUGGCAGCGACUCUGCCGUGAGCUCAAGGUCAUCGUCCUCACCCUCCGUCGCGUGCAGUAGUAGCGAAGGUGGCGAGGGAGCGGCACACUCGGGCACAGAGAGCGCAUCGCCGCUCACCAGCUGCGGAAGUGGCGACGAAAGGAGAAGUAACACAGCGGAGAGCGACGCUGACUUCCUGCGCACCAACAUCUCCGACGCGUCCUCCAGUAUCCCAGACUCCUCGGAGAAGCCGCAGACUGAUGUGCGAAGCCAGGAACUGUCGCCGAUGUCCAUGGAACCGGCGGCGGGACUCGAUCCCAGUCCGGAGCCGCGCAACCCAGGCGAGCCAGUCAUCAUCACGCCGGCCCGCUCAAGCGUCACACCCCGCACCCAUCAUUGCUCUCCGUUCGCCGCGGCGUCGCGGUUCGGCAGCGCGUCGGUAUCACACAGUCGUCGCAUGAAUUCCUCCUCGCGCGUAAUACCGAGUGACUCGCAUCUGCUCUCGAGCACCACUAGCAGGGAACUCAAGAGGGCGACGAAGCGCGUGCCUGGCGGGCUGAUGCGCGAGUGUACCUUCAAGCCUGUCAUCAACCCCGUCUAUGAGCAGUCGCCUCUUAGCUUCAGCAGCACAGCUAUCGUGCAGAAGCGCAAGCCCGCGUCGACCGCGCGGUCAACCUUCCAGCCGAGCACGCAGCAGUUUCACCAGGCGCGCGACAGCCUUGCGUGUUGGACGAAACAACCCGUCAAGGACAGCGGCGGCUACCGGGGCGAAGCAGCGGCAAACCCCCUGGCGACUGGCGUUGAGACGGCGGUGCGCCGCAUGAUCGCCGCGCGCCAGCAGCGGCAGGGCUCGCAGUCGGCUGUGCGGGCACCGGUGGCACACCCGCGCAAGCCGCUGCUCUAUGUUGACGUCGAUCUCCCGCAAGGCCAGCGAGACCGCCUUGCCUUGUACACAGGUGACGACGUACAGGACGUAGCGCAGCGCUUUAGCAUCCUGCAUGGGCUCAGCGAAUCCCUGUGCCAGCGGCUGGCGACAGCGCUGACAGCCGAGCUCUGUGCCCUCUCGACUGGACAGGCGGCAUAG